AUGCCUUUGCUGACCUUUGAAGCUUCAUUGUUGAGGCGUUGCUUCCAGCAUCACGUGCAUACGCCCGCCGACGUCGAGCGUCUCAACGAUCUCGUCUCGGGCAUGAACGCAGCUGCGCUGCAGACACUCGAGGGCGAGUUGCUUGGCAAGAUCCGUCUCGCCACCAGGAACGAGACGCGGCAGCUCAUCAGCGAUGAGUGGAAGCGCGAGUUGGCCGUUCUCACCGAUGUGGAAAACGCCGACAAGACGCACGAGACGUGCCACGAUGAAUGGCUGAAAAAGCAGCUACACAUCAGCACCAACGAGACUUGGUAA